UUCUGAUCCCCGCCAACACAUCCAAUAGCGCUACUAAUACCUAAGUUUGAAUCAAGUUUUUAGGAAAUUGAGCUUCUUAGCACAACGAAAGUAUGUCAAAUAUAACGGUCUGUGCUCGCUUCAGGCCUUUGAGUUCGAAAGAGAAAAGAGAUCAUGGCGAUACUGUCUGUAUUCGACGCAUAGACGCUGAAACUUUCCUUUUCAAGGAUGAGAAGGAGGAAGAUUUCACUUUCAGCUUCGAUAGGGUAUUCUAUGAGGAAUCUAAGCAAGCGGGGGUCUAUGAAUUUCUAGCUUUGCCUAUUGUUCGAGAUGCUGUUAAUGCAAUCAACGGGACGAUUAUUACUUACGGACAGACUGGAGCUGGAAAGACGUAUAGUAUGGAGGGGCCUGGCGUUCUAGAAUGUGACGAGAAGAAGAAAGGGAUACUUCCAAGAGUAGUAGAUGGACUUUUUGAGCAUAUUAAAUCUUUUGAUAAAAUAGCAAAAUACUCUAUCAAGUUGUCAAUGGUAGAGAUCUACAUGGAAAAAGUAAGGGACCUCCUUGAUUUAUCCAAGGACCAUAUACAGAUUAAGGAGAGCAAAGUACAAGGGAUAUUGUUGUCUGGAGCAACAGAGAUCUCUAUACUGGAUCCUGCGCAAGCACUAGAAAGCCUAUCGACUGGGAUAGCUAACAGAGCAGUUGGAGAGACCCAAAUGAACAUGGCCAGCAGUAGAAGUCAUUCUGUUUACAUUUUCACAGUCCAACAAGAACUAAUUGGCGAGAAGAGAGUGAACACUGGGAAACUAGUCCUUGUGGACUUGGCAGGAUCAGAGAAAGUGGAGAAAACGGGGGCUGAAGGGAGAGUUCUUGAAGAAGCUAAAAUGAUCAACAAGUCCCUCUCAGCCCUUGGGAAUGUUAUAAAUGCUUUGACAUGUGGCUCAGGCAGAGCAAACCACAUCCCAUAUCGUGAUUCUAAGCUUACUCGGAUUCUACAGGAUGCACUUGGUGGGAACACCAGAACUGCUUUAUUGUGUUGUUGCUCACCGAGCUCUUCAAAUGCAUCAGAGAGCCUAUCCACUCUUCGGUUUGGUGGGAGGGCAAAGCAUAUCAAGUCAUCACCACGUGUUAACUGCAAUGAUGAUAAACUUGCUAAGAAGCAAGAAGUUCUCUAUCCAAAUAAAGAUGAAUCAUGCGAGAGAAUUUUAAACAAGUUGAGGGAGAGAUUGGAUAUUGAAGAUGUGAAAUUACUCGAAGAGUUGUUCAUUCUGGAGGGAAUUUUCUUUGAUCCGUAUUCGGUUGAAGAGCUGGAAACAGGUUAUGCAGAUGUUACUUUACGGACAAUUUCCUUACUACAACACGAAUUGGAAGAGCUUGUGCCUAAUUUUGAAGAGCUUAAGAAGGAGAACAAGGUUCUCAAAGACAGAAUAGCAGCUGUUGAGAGGCUUGAUGCACUCCGCAAAGAAGAUGGCGUAAUUUCAAAUGUUCUGCAUAAGAUUUCAGGCAUUAUCCGUUUCUUUAUUUUCUGGGGUCCAUUCUCUUCUGUCAAGAUGCUGAAAUGAAAGACUUUAUAAUUGCCAUUUCAAGGUUCUCUCUCAUACCAUACAAGCAUAGGAAGUGUAUAGAAGAAUUAUAGUAUGUUUGAGAUUGUUUUUGAGAAAUAAAGCUUUUAAGU